AUGGUGAUGGCGACAGCGACGGCGAUCUCCGGCCGCGUAUCCGGCGAGGCCAGCGCAAUCCUCGCUCCUUCCGCUAUGUCCCUCUCCGCGCCGGUCCGACGCGCCGCCAACUCCAAGGGAUGCUUUCGUGCUUUUCCUCGUGUUGCAUCUAGCAAGCUCAUGCUUACACCAGGACGACUAUGCAUUGAGCGCCAAAGCUGUCCACGGAUAUCUAGUGCCUGCUCUGCUCUUUCAAGGCGGGACUUCUCUCCUGUUACUCAAGACAUGGAAGGCUUCCUUCACAGUAUUGUUAAUAUGGGAUUUCUUGACCGUCUGAAACUGGCUUGGAAGAUAAUCUUCCCAGCACCAACCAUACAUGAGAACACAAAUGCAAGUAUUGCAAAGCAGAGGCUGAAGAUGAUUCUAUUCUCCGACAGGUGCGAGGUCAGUGACGAAGCAAAGAAAAAGAUAGUGGAAAACGUUGUUGAGGCACUAUCUGAAUUUGUCGAGAUUGAAUCACGUGAUAAUGUACAAGUGGAUAUCUCGACUGAUGCUGGCCUUGGCACAGUGUAUUCUGUGACUGUUCCAGUGCGCCGUGUAAAGCCUGAGUACCAGGAAUCUGAAGAGCAGUACAGAGGAAAAAUCGUUGGUGUUGACUUCAAGGAUACUGGAGAAUCAUCUGGUAAUGUUGAUGUCACCUUCGAUUUCUAUGUUCCGAAUGAGAACCACUGA